UGUUUCUUACUAGCACAUUUGUUUCUCUAGAAAACACUAGAACGGUGGCUACAAAUCUUGGCUGCAGAAACCAAUAUGAUGGAAAUAUGAGUGCCAAUAGAGUGGAUGUUUUGAUCCCAGAUGUAAUUCAGUCUACAGAAAAAGUCCUUGUUUUGGAAUACAUGGAUGGCAUUCGGUUGAAUGAUCUAGAAUCACUAGAAGCUUUUGGAGUAAAUAAACAAAAGAUUGUCGAGGAGAUUACUCGUGCCUAUGCCCACCAAAUAUAUGUAGAUGGGUUUUUCAAUGGUGAUCCACAUCCAGGAAAUUUUCUUGUGAGCAAAGAAUCUCCUCAUCGUCCCAUUUUACUUGACUUUGGGCUUACAAAGAGACUAUCAAGCACCAUUAAGCAAGCGCUUGCAAAGAUGUUUUUGGCCUCUACUGAGGGGGACCAUGUGGCCCUUCUGUCUGCUUUUGCAGAAAUGGGGCUUAAGUUGCGGCUGGACAUGCCAGAGCAGGCAAUGGAAGUAACAACUGUAUUCUUUCGUUCGACAACACCCGCAAAUGAAUACCAUAAAACAAUGAAAUCUCUGGCUGAACAAAGGGACAAAAAUAUGAAGGUUAUACAGGAAAAAAUGAAGCUUGACAAAAAGGAAAUGAAACGCUUUAAUCCUGUUGAUGCAUUUCCUGGUGAUAUUGUAAUAUUUGGAAGGGUUCUUAAUCUUCUAAGAGGUCUUUCAUCCUCCAUGAAUGUACGAAUAAUAUAUAUGGACAUUAUGAGGCCAUUUGCAGAGUCAGUUUUGAGUGGAUACAUCAGUAGAGGACCAUCAGUAAAUGACAGAUGGAUUUAUGAUUCACCAGUUCAUUCUGAAGUAGAAUCCAAACUGAGGCAGCUUUUAAUUGAGUUGGGAAACAAUGAUAAAAUACUUGGAGUCCAGGUAUGUGCAUACAAAGAUGAAGAGGUCAUUAUUGACACUGCUGCAGGAGUACUUGGUAAAUAUGAUCCGCGUCCAGUUAAGCCUGAUAGCCUUUUUCCAGUAUUCUCUGUUACAAAGGGUAUCACAGCAGGAAUGGUACAUUGGAUGGUUGACAAUGGACAACUAAACCUUGAAGACAAUGUAGCAAAUAUAUGGCCAGGAUUUGGAUCAAAUGGGAAGGAUCUCAUUAAGGUCUGAUAUUGAAUUUUCUCCAUACUAAAGUUUUGUGGCUAUUAUUUU